AUGAGACAGUUCAAUGAAUUUCUCGUUCAAGAGUGGUUCAUCCAACCUGGCACUGACAUCUUCAAGCAAAAGGUGCUUGAUCCAAAGAUUGAUUAUUAUAUUAUCGGAUUUAUUAUGAGCAAAUGCGAUGACUGUGAUAUGCAUGGGGUUGAUAAAGGGCUGAAGGAUGUUCAAAGGACCUACUCACACGUGCAGAAGAUUCAGGCAGGUACCACAUAUGGCUUUCGGACAGCUGGUGGUAGAGAUAAUGUUGCUUGGAACAGGGAAAAUGCCUCCGGAAAUCCCUCGAUCUCACAACUGGUUUCAUGCUACAUGGUUGGUUUACAAAAACACAAGGUAGCUAAAGGAGAAACUCCAACCAGUGCUCGGGCCAUUGGUCCCGACAAUCUUCUGCAGCUGUACAACUUCAAUCACCAGCCUGAGAACUGGGAUAAUACCAAGUUAUCUGCUGCUAACUGGUGUGGAGGAAAUAUGCGCCAUCUCCUCCAAGCGGUCUAUCUUGUUGCGUUUACGUGCCUACUUCGCAUUGACGAGGUGCUGAAAAUACAGGUUCACGAUCUACAUUUCUAUGAUGAUGAAUUGGACAGUACAGCUUGCAUGUCAGUCACUUUGCCAUUCCAUAAGACAAACCCAUAUGGCAAGAUACCACCAUUCAUACUCCGAGAGCUCCCAGAACAUAUGGUGCACCUAUGCCCUGUUAGAGCACUCGCAGAAUGGGUCAGUGCCUCAAACAUUCUAUAUGGUUAUCUGUUCCGCAGGAUGGAUAAAAGAGAUAGACUGAUUACCAUGGAAGUGUUUCUUGAACUCUUCCGCAACAAUCUAUGGGACCUAGGCAUAGCACCCUAUGCUUAUGGCAUGCACUCAUUUUGCCAUGGGGGCUGUCAGUGGCUCUCUGUCGAUCUUCAUUGGUCACUUCACCAAAUAUGCGAGUGGGGUGGCUGGAGCACUGAAUUUUCCCACUUGACCAUUGUUAAAUACCUUAUCUCUUGGAACAAUAAUCCAAUGCUUCAAUGA